AUGGCGAUCCAUUACCUCAUUCUCCUAUCCCGCCAGGGCAAAGUGCGUCUUGCGAAGUGGUUUACCACAUUGUCCCCCAAGGACAAGGCCAAGAUUGUCAAGGACGUCUCCCAGCUUGUCCUCGCCCGGCGAACGCGCAUGUGCAAUUUCCUCGAAUAUAAGGAUACCAAGAUCGUAUACCGUCGCUAUGCGUCCCUUUUCUUCAUUGCUGGUUGCUCCUCGGAUGACAACGAGCUGAUUACCCUCGAAAUCAUCCACCGAUACGUCGAGCAGAUGGACAAGUACUACGGCAACGUGUGCGAGCUGGAUAUCAUCUUCUCCUUCACCAAGGCAUACUAUAUCCUGGAUGAGCUGCUGCUUGCUGGCGAGCUCCAGGAGAGCAGCAAGAAGAACGUGUUGCGGUGCAUUGGACAGCAAGACUCUCUCGAAGAUAUGGAGGUCGAAGACGAAGUCACCAAGCUCAUGUAG